CUUCCGAGUCUUCUUUGUCCAAGAAAAAAAAACACAGAGAGUUCGAAACGUACGAACUCAGUCUUUCGAGAAAGAUAACGAACUCUACUCAAGAGUCACCGCCAUGCAACCACCGCGGCAGAACGUCUCGAAGGGCGGCGAACUAACCAUUUAUCGAGGCGUCACGCGAUCGAUGACCAGACGUCAUCGGAACUCAUUGCCGGUUCCGGACGAUCUCGCUAUGGAGAUAUUCACGAGGCUGCCGUCGAAGGCGAUAGCGAGAUGUCGUUGCGCAUGCAAGCUCUGGUCCUCCACGCUUCGCAGUCAAGAUUUCACAGAGCUUUUCUUGACCAAAUCUUGUGCUCGCCCUCAGCUCCUUUUCGUCCUGGACGAUUACAGCGUCGGCGAGUUAGUCUUCAUCUCGUCGCCUCAGCCUGAAAAUCCGGAAGAGAACUCGUACGUUGUAGCCUCCAACCCUCUUGCGUGUUUCCCACGUUCCAGUGGAUUCUAUGGUUAUACCAACGGCUUCUUCUGUUAUGGAGCUAACCGGAACCUUAAGGGGCUGAAAUUGCCAGUGUGUGUUCCGGUGAUAUGUAACCCCAGCACGGGACAGUCCUUGACCAUGCCUAGAUUGAUCUCGAAAAAGAAGUAUGGAGUGCAAAGCUAUCUUGGAUACGAGCCGAUGGAGAAAGAGUUCAAGGUGUUGUCGAUGAAUAAGUCGCGUACUGGUGAGGUGAUCUCUGUGGAGCACCAAGUUCUGACAUUAGGAACCAAGAAUUUGUCAUGGAGGUUGGUCGAAUGUUGCAUCCCACAUCGUUCUUCAAGUAAGUGGAUAUGCAUCAGUGGCGUUCUUUACUACGCAGCUAGUGCAGCUGGAUCUUUCGAGAAUUCUAUGGUCGUUUGUUUUGACUUGAGGUCUGAGAAGUUCUGCUCUGUCAUGUUCAGUAAAGCAAUGCCUCGUUCAACAACUCUAGUAAACUACGAUGGGAAACUAGGUUUGCUUAUGUCUGGAGAUUCUCAUGAUGACGUUACUCGAGCAACUACAAGUUUUGAGCUGUGGGUUCUGCUUGACGCUGCACAACACGAGUGGUCCAAUCAUGUCUACGUAUUACCACCUUCGUGGGAGGAUGUUGUUUCAGAGGACAUGCGCAUUGCUGGAAUGGUUGCUGUAAAUGAAAUCGUCUUGGCCCCCUGGUUCCAAAGUGUGCCUUCCUAUGUCAUCUACUUCAACGUGGAGAGAAAGACGAUCACAAAAGUUGGAAUCCAAGGACUGGAAGCGUUUCAGGGUGAGAGUUUCAAAACCUAUCUCAACUAUGUUGAGAAUGUGAAGCUUCUUUAAGCAGUUUUAUAAGUGAGAGACAAAGUGUAGUUUUCAUUUUGUGUGUUUCGUUUUUUUCUAGCAUCUUAGUUUGAA